AUGAAGAUAGUACAGGCUAAUUCCGGUGUGCUUACUAAUUUCGACGUGCUUAAAUUUCUAGAAUCUCGAGGGGCUUCUGAAGAUUCAGCACGGGUUUUUUCUGACGUAAAGCCAUCAGAAAAUAAGGUUUAUGGUUAUUUGUUUGGGACUCCUGCUCGUGGUCAAACAACGGAGAAUAUCAAUGAGUUCAAGGAAAAGUGUAAGAAGUAUGACCUUGCGGAAGCUGAGGUGCUCAAUAUCAUCAACACUAGGCCAUCUAGCAUUGUUGGAAUCUACCCGCUUAUCGAGAAUUGCGACUUGCGUUUUGGAGAUACUGUUGAAGAGCUGGUAGAAUUGGUAGUAGAGGUGUUUCCACCUCAUCCUCCAGCAAAGACUGUUGAAAAUGAUGCAAAAACCACAAAUGUGGAAAAAAUUGAAGACCAGAAUGAUAACGAUGAAGGGAAACCAGAAAAUGAGGAAGAAAUGGAGACAAUCGAUGGGUCUUAG